AUUGAUAACAAAAAAAUUUUUCUAAAAUAAUUUAUGAUAGAUAUAAUAUUAUGAAUUUACGCCACUUUUUUCGCCAUAUCUUUUCAAAUAUCGCCAUUCUUAGAGCCAAUCGCCAAAUUAAAAAUUCGUACGCCAUAUAGAUGUGAAAUAUCGCCACUUUGGCGAUUUAUCGCCACGUCUGACAACACUGCCGGGGCGUGCGUCAGUCGAGUGUUCGUUUAACGCGUCAUACGAAUCGCAACUCUGACGAGCGUGAAGUGGCGCGGGUCGGGCGAUCGCGGCGCGGUUCGGGUCUUCUCGGGAGUCCGUUCGCGACGGCCGAGUCGACGAGCCGCGCCAGUUGCUCGGCUCGUCAAACCGGUUCAACGCGUUCCCGUGUACGCCCGUGGCUCGUGUACGUUUUCCGCGUGAACAUCGCCAUCGUUUACUAGUUUUUCUUUUUUCUUUUCAGAUUCAUUUUCGGUUUCUCAAAAGAUAUCGUUGUGAACAUGAAGUGGACAAACGAACUAAUCAUGGAGUUCCUCGAGCUUUACGAACGAGAACCUUGCAUCUGGAAUCCCAAACAUCCGCGACACAACCUUCGGAGCGCUGUGCACGAUUCGUGGAACAACAUUUCGAAAAACUUCGGUCGCAAACUCACAAUAGCCGAACUGAAAAAAAAAAAAGAUUCGUUGAUGGCCACGUUCAGAAAAGUCGAAAACAAAGUGAAAUCGAGCGAAAAGACGGGUUCGGUCUAUGAACCUAAUUGGUUCGCGUAUGAAUUUAUGGCUAAAUUUCUGCGCGGCUCGUGCCAACCAUAUGAAGCUAAGAACAAAGAGACAAUACAAAAUAAAACAAUAAAAAACGAAAGUGACGAGAGUGGUACCAGUUUCAUUGACGACGAAAAUGAAUGUGAACUCAUUGAAGCCGAAGAAAAACGAACUACACCAAAUAAAACUCUUAAAAUUCCUACGGCACAUUUUUCUUCGGGAACGUCUAAAAAGAGAAAAGCUGAAAAAAUUAAACAAAUGGAAAGUCUAUUGAAUGAAGCAUAUAAUCAUUCAAAAAAUGCGCCAGAGAAACCCAAAAGGAACAAAUGCUCACUGUAUUGUGAGUUACUCGAACAAAAAUUGGGUGAACUCGAUGAACAGCUUCAAGAAUAUGCCAUGCUUGAAAUAGACAAGUUCGUUUAUAGACUUAAGCAACGGAAGUAUACAUCUCAAAGUCACAAUACCCGGUCUAUAGAACCAGUCUGUACCAUUCCUAAGCAACCAUCUGUACUCUCUACAUCGACUUCGACAACAUAUGCAUACACAAUACCAUCUCCACGGUCUCAAAAAUCAAACUCAUCGUCUGAAGAUAUAAAUAUACUAGCCACAUCGAAUUUACAGUCCGAAUGAAACUACGGAUGAUUCACCGGAAAAUUCACAACCGUACACGAUCUUUCCAAAUUCUAAAACUGAAGAAAAUCCAAAGGUGUAACAAUCUUAAUUGCUAUUAUGAUA